AUGGCUGUAGACGGUGACUGGACCCACGUCAAGCGUAAAUCCCGUCGCAAUGCGCCUUCUCCUCCCAAGACAGCCACGACCACACAUCUUCCACCAGAUACGUUUGCGCCGCGCACCACGGGCGUGUUACGUCCUCCAGAAGCCUUGCGCACCGAUUAUGACCGGAUUCACCCGCAGUGGCUCGAGUCCCCGGCCCACCAAGCACUAAUAAAGCUGGUCGAUGACCACGCGAAGGGAUUGCGGAUAAGCAAGGUCGUGUGUCUGGGCAUAGGCACCUUUGACCCGGACGAUGGCGCGUGGGAGGCCAAGAGGGCGGCAUAUGUGCAGCUCUGCGCACUGUCGACGCUUAUAUCCCAAUUACCAAAAUAUAACGAGGACUCUGUAGAGUGUAUAUUCCAAGAACCCAUCUUUACAGUAUCCGACAAGUCUUUCCUCGCAGCCUUGGGCUACCGCGUUGUAGCUUCGCCUACUGCAUACGAGCUCAUCGAUGAUGCUACUCUGCUCUUUGCCGUGCACCUCUACCGUCCUAUAUACGCCGCUGCUCUGAAAUCCAGCUUACCAGCCAUAUUCGUCGGUACGGGGUGGGACGUCUGGGACACAGUAACAAUGGAGAAAUCCAGUGAUCUGGAGAAUAUGAAGAAGAUGGACAAGACGUACACACGGCACGCGUUCCCGCAGGAUACCGCCAGUACAGCCUUUUCCAGCACCAGCAUAUACUUCAAGCCGCCGCCAGAAAGCACAUCCCCAGAUGCUCGACGUUCAUCACUUGAAGCAUCGCCUAAUAAUAACACGGAUAAGCCCGCACAGGAGUCUUCUUGCAAAGACAUUACGAGCAAGAAAAACGGCGCAGCCCAUGUCCCUGCAGCUUUGUCUGCAGACAGGGCCAAGGCUAGAGACGAGACAAAGAUCCCUGAUGAGUGUGCCGACGACAAGGUUGGCGACGGCAUGCCAGACGAAGCCGAAGGCCCGAGAUUACAAGGCACAACGGUAAAAGACAAGCCAAAUAAAGAACAAGAUACACCAUCAGAAGAGUAG